CUUCCGGGCGGAGGGGUGAUGGGACGUUGCUAUGGCCAUGACUGAGAGUCUGUUGCUGGAUGAUUAUCUGAGCCAGCUUUACCAAUGUGGAGAAGCUGCGGAGAAUGAAAUAAAGAACAAAAGAGGAAAAGUGGCACUAAAAGGAAGAAAAUGUAUGCAAAAUAAGAUGAAAGAGCAAACGCUUUGCUCAGGGGAUCAAUCUGUGCCUUGCAGCACCACAGUACCUAAAACUAGUGACUCACUUGCAAAGAAAGCAGCAAGCUCACUCUGCAGGACUCCAAAGUGUCUCAUCAAGUUGCAUGCAGAGCUUCUCAAUUCUGUAAGUAACUGUGAGAUGAAGGAAGAAACAAAGGAAGAAAAGAUCCCCAACAGUGGCAUUCUCACUACUGGUGAAAAGAGGCCAGUAGAAGUUAUAACUUUUACUGGCCCUCACAAGAGGAAGAAGGUUCCACCAGUUAUGAAGAAUGACAAAAUGGAGGAGGCUGAUGAGCAGAGCAACACGAAACAAGCAUUUAAUUUAGAGAGAGCCCGGCUAGAAGUGCACAGAUUUGGUAUCACAGGUUACAGAAAAGAAGAGCAAAGAAUGCUUGAACGAGAACGAGCUAUUAUGCUAGGUGCUCGACCCCCAAAACGUGAAUAUAUAAAUUACAAAAAAUACCAGGAAAUGAUGAAAGAUAAAGCCACAGCAAAAAAUAUGAAUGCAAAAUCUAUAUUUUCAAGGAGAAAGAAAGAAGAAAGGAGGAACAAGAAGUCUGAAAUAGUCCCGACUGGGCAGGUGGGAAGAUUUAAAAAUGGAGCACUGAUCCUCAGUGACCGUGACAUCAAGAGAAUCAAAAAUGAAGCCAAGUCAAAACAUGUUUAAACUCUACAAUUUAUAACAUUUUUGUCAUAAAAUAAAUGUUUAUAAGAAUGCAAUAUUAA